GCCUUUUGAGAAUAUCCAAGUAGUGCAAUAUUGCAAUGAAGCCUGCGCACUAGCGCCUAUCAGCGCAGCAGGCUCUCUUCUCUGGUCGCUUGCAGCACACGCUCUGACGCUGUCUAAGUGGUUCACGUCCAGCGUCUAGACCGUAAUGCUACAUUGUUCCCCGUGGAAAGACCAGGAAGGGCGCAUUCAGCUUCCCAAAAGCGCUGGGAUCUCAUCUGAUAUUUCUUCUCAAGUCUAAGACACCAGCCAGAAUUGGUCUUUGCGGUGUGAGAGGCCAUGGCAUCAACUUGGAUUAUUCGGGUUUUGAGUGACAAGAAUGAAAGCAGCUGGAAGUAUCGAGGGGAGGGGGCCGCAAACGCUGUUGUCGCUUACACAGGUCCUGACAAGGACCUUGCAGGCAAAGUGUUGAGGAUUCAGAAGGCUGGCGUGAAAAAGGCCAGGCCUCCCGAACCGCAACGCUUUCGUCUGUCAGCGCACUUUGAUUUGAACAUUCAGAAUGAAACAGACAGCGGGGAAGCUGGUAAACUUCAACCAGUGGAUAGUGCAUCUGUCGGUUCUGGAGGUGUCGGGAAGGUUUCUUCUCCGCUGCUGAAUGGUUCACCACUUCGACAUCAGAAGGUUGGAGGUGGUCGAGCAAACGGUGUAGAGGCUGCUCCUUUAGUUGACGAGAUCGAAGAUACGUCAAAGCCUGACAUUCCAGAAAGAGAAGUAUCAGCAGGCCCCCUCUUGGAGCCCCUUGAGCAGGAGAUCUGGGCAAGAUUCCCAACGGUUGCUGCUGCCAAGACUGCAGUGGAGUUGGUGCAUGAGUACGCCAGGCACGUGAUGGGACCGUUACUUGGGGAGGCGUUCGUGGACCCUGGGGUGCCUGUACCUGCUGAGGAUGACUUCCUUAAGUCGCUAACGGCAGUUGUUGAAGGCAGCCGUCCCGGGAGGUGGCAAAAGGAGGGCCCCUUGCGGUUACAGAGCGGUUGGGCAUUGCUUAUCACUGACCACGCAGCAUCACCAGGGGAAACUUUUGCACUCGCGAAUGGACAAGAAGGGGGGUCGUUUCAACGAAGGGGCCCGUCUGUUUGUGUUGAGAUUAAGCCGAAAGCAGGCUUCCUGCCAACCUCCGAGUGCAUCUCCCCUGCCAAUCGGGUGAAACUCGAGAAGACGAGAUACGAGUUGAUGCAGCAUUUGAAGGCCGAACAAGGAAAGGUCGAUGCCAUCAGCUCUUACGACCCCCUCGACCUCUUCUCCAUGCAUCCGAGCCACGUCAUACGAGCGAUCGACUCCCUCUUCGACAAUCCGCAGAACAAUCUAAGGGUGUUUAUCAACGGCGAGGCUAUCAAACGGACGUCUAGAGAGUCCUCAGAAGACACUGGGGCGCUCGCAGGACUCGAGGAAGCUCUAGAAGGGUUCUGCGAAACUGCUGAUGGGUUGAGGGUAGAAGUGUUGAAGGAGCUGCUGGUACAGAGACUGGCUGGAUCGAUCCUCCUGGAACGGCUCCGCAGCGCGCAGAUGCUGGACCGGUUCGACAUCGAGGGCGUCAUACAUCUGUACUGGGCCCUCUGCGGAAGUCCGUCCGACCGGGUGGCGCCCAAAGAGCUUCCCGACGCCACGAAACGGCUUCUCAGCCUGCCCCGGGAGUCCCAGCUCGAUGUUCUGAGGGAAUUCUUGAUUGCGGCGACUGCCAAAGACUGCGGACUGAUGCUGACGUUCGAAGCCGUUGAAGAGGAGGUUGCUCAGCAGUUCCGCUUUUCGGAGGCCUCGCCUACGGGGGUUCUGAAGCUCCGGGGAAAGUCCUAUUUCUGUAAGGUUGCCUAUGUUGAUUUGGACCUGAAGUCGUUCAGAAAGAUUCCAAAGUACUGGGAACUAGAUCAGCAGAUUGUUGCCGCUUAUAAGACCGGGACACAGGAGGUGUAGCUCGCGAGUUGUAGAAAAGGUUUCCAAGGUUGACCAGUGCCCAGGUUAAAUUGCCUAGAUCCAAUACGCUUUGCUCGAAACCCUUGUAUUAUAUCGGUUUGAUUGAAAUGUGAACAGAUUGACG